AUGGCUUCAAAAGCAUUAUUGACCAAGACGCUUGAAAGGAGCAGUUACCUCGCAGCGAGGUUCGGACUGAGAUAUUUUAGCACAACCUUGAGGUUUCAUAACAAGCAGCAGAAUGACGACUCGAUCCCAUGGUAUAUGCGUUCGGAAAAUACUUCUCAGCCAGAGCAAAUUGAUGAGCCUCUGUUUGAAGAUUUGCCUGAAAAUUUACCUAAUAAAGUUAAAGACUUGUUAACACUAUUGGUGGCGAAAUAUGGUCUUUCCGGUGUGAAAGUAAUAGACCUUGCAUUACUUCCAACAGAUCAUCCAAAAAGUUUGGACAGACAAAGCGAAGAGAAAAUCGUGGUUAUCGCGUCAGGGAAAUCUGAAAAGCAUAUAUACAAGGCCUCAUAUGAUUUGAAGCAGCACAUAAAACACGAUUGGGGAUUCCAAUGCGCCAUUGAGGGGAUGGUAACCAAUUCAAUGAGUGCCGUGGAACGUAGAAGAUUGGCAAAGAGAGCUCGACAAGGACCACCUGCCACCCACAAUGAGUUCGGUAUUAACCCCAAUACUUGGGUGAGAUGCGAGCUUCCAGAUGGUGUCAUUGUGCACAUGAUGAGCCCUGAGCGCCGCGAGGCUCUUGAUUUAGAGCUGAUGUACGAUGAGAGUAUCAAAUUCAAUGAUGAUAGUAACGGUAACCCUUAUACACCAUACAAUCAGUAUCUGAGUCAAAAUGAGAAGUUAGACCAAAGCAGUAUAUUCUACGGACUCCGAAGAGAGUUUCACACAUCAUCAACAACAAAAAAAACAAAAACAACAACUACAACAACAACAACAUCAUCAUCAUCACCAUCAUCACCACAACAACAGAGUAAAAGCACUACUCUAGACUCAGUUUACAAUGACUUUUUACAAGAGCAUGGUGAUGCGUCUGCAGAUGUAUACAAAGCACGAUUUGACAAAGAAUUUAGCGGGAACACCAUUGACGACUUCAAUCGGAAAUUUUUAUUUUACAAGCUAUUACAUUUGAAGUCGCCAACCACAACCUCUCUUGAAGAUGUGACAUCUACGCUUCUAGACAAGUACUCUGCUGUGAAUAUUAUUUCGCAAUCUGAUGAUUGGAAUCUGGAGAUUGUACAAGACGUGAUCAAGUACCUUGAAUUGUUGAUUGAUACUCCCGUCACGAGUAUUGACUCAUCUACGAAAUUGAAUUUAUUAUCAGAUUUUAUAGGAAAAGUUGCUAUGUUUGCAACAGAUGAUAUUCAUUUGUUUGCCAUAGACAAAUUCCAGGUCCUCUUGUGGGCAUUAACAACCAAUAAAGUGUGCCCCAUAACUGCUGCUCAUGUUAACAGUAUCAUUGAAUCAAAGGGCCAGACUUUGCGCGUUGGUGGAUCUGUGGCUUCUAUUGCUAAUACCCCAGCUGGUAACACCACUGCCAAUGCUAGCGUGGCUACCAAUAGUCUUGACACAAGAAUCAUUGAAAACACUCAAGGAGCUCGUGAUGUUAGAGAGUUAUUACGCAGUGUCAAUUAUGACAAGCGAGGAAAGAUGCCUCUCUGGUUGAGAGAGCAAAUGCUUUUUACCUAUGCGCAAUCUCGAAACUGGGUGUAUUUUUGGAAAGAGUGGAGAGCAAUAACACAGUCUUUACAAAGUCCCUCGGAUUUCAUUAAUUACUUUGUCAAAACCUUAGUGUUACUAGUCAUGGUGAAUGAUAAGACGGCAUUGAAGGAGUUAUUGAGCACGUAUUGGCACAGAGUUGAUGACGGGGUAUGUUUCAUUUCCGAAUUUGAAAAAAAUGGAAAACAAUUUGAAGAUAAUAAUCAAAGACUCGCUUUGAAAACAGCACUUUUACUUCUUGACGAGGCAUAUCCUGGGGAUCUGAUUUUUCGUAAUGCCCAAAACUUUGCAAGCAGUAAUUUGUAA